ACCAGGAGGAGCUGAUUUGGGGUGUUGUGAAUUCGUGGAACCAACAUAUCCUGAGUGGGAGUUCUCAGGUCGGUUUGUUUGGUGUUUUCUCUGCCGGUUCGCUUCGAUAGGCGACACGCCAGGAGCCGCUAUGCCCGGAAUAGAGAAGCUGCCGUUGGAGGAGACGUUGGAGGACAGCCCGCAGACACGAUCUCUGCUGGGAGUUUUCGAGGAGGAUACCGCAGCCAUCUCCAACUACUGCACUCAGCUCUACCAGGCCAUGCAGAGGAUUUAUGAUGCACAGAAUGAGCUGAGUGCAGCGACACACCUGACCUCCAGGCUGCUGAAAGAGUACGACAAACAGCGUUUUCCUCUAGGGGGCGACGAUGAGGUGAUGAGCUCCACCCUGCAGCAGUUUUCCAAGGUCAUUGAUGAGCUAAGCUCCUGCCAUGCCGUCCUGUCCACCCAGCUCGCUGAUGCAAUGAUGUUUCCCAUCACUCAGUUCAAGGAGCGAGACCUGAAGGGUAGGAAGCACUUUUUCUCUACAUCUGAAAAUGAUCAUGACACGGCCAUUAACAGAUACAGCCGCCUGUCUAAGAGGAAGGACAAUGACAAGGUGAGAGCGGAGGUGGUGGAGGACGUCUACACCUCACGCAAGAAGCAGCACCAGACCAUGAUGCACUACUUCUGUGCCCUGAACACCCUGCAGUACAAGAAAAAGACGGCUUUGUUGGAACCACUGCUGGGUUACAUGCAGGCCCAGAUCAGCUUCUUUAAGUUGGGGUCAGAGAACCUCACCCAGCAGUGGGAAGACUUCCUGGGAACCAUCGGAACCAGCGUCCAGAACGUACGUCGGGAGAUGGAGGAAGAGGUGGGGCAGAUGCAGCAGACCAUCCAACAGAUGGAAAGGUCAUGUGACGCUCUUUAUGCACCGUGUGACCCUGACCCCGCCCAUUCGCCGGUCUGUCGCAGCCUGACCAGGAAACAAGGCUACCUAUUCAUCCGCAAUAAAACCGGCCUGGUGUCGUCAUCCUGGGAGCGUCAGUACUUCUUCACCCAGGGGGGAAACCUGAUGCAGCAGGGUCGAGGCGAGGUGGCGGGCGGCCUGGUCACCGACCUCGACAACUGCUCCGUCAUGGCCGUCGACUCUGACGACCGUCGAUUCUGCUUCCAGGUCACCUCCUUUGACGGGAAAAAGGUUGUGACUCUGCAGGCGGAGAGCAGGAAGGAUUGCGAAGAGUGGAUCGCAACCAUCAACAACAUCUCCAGGAGGAUCUACCUGAGUGAAAAUGCAGAGGAGCUGGCAGCCAGAGUGAACCAAACAGCCCUGGAAGCUGUGACGCCAUCGCCUUCGUUCCAGCAGAGACACGAGAGCAUGAGACCAAGCAGUAAGAGCCGAACGGGCCGAACCAGCAGCAUCAGCUCCGUUGGUUCUGAGCCGUCGCCUGCCCUCUCUGUCCUCUCAUUGGACGCUCUGGUUGCUCCGGAUACGCCCAUCCAGUUUGACAUCAUCUCCCCAGUCACAGAGGAGAACUCGGGUCAGAGCAAGACGGCGGCACAGCCCGGCAGGAGGAGUAAUCCGUUUGGAGAGUCAGGAGAUGAUUCACCCGACGCUGAAGAUUCGAUCCUCCACCAGCUGUUUAUCGUGCGGUUCCUCGGGUCGAUGGAGGUGAAGACAUCCGAGUCUGCAGACGUCAUCUCUGAGACCAUGAGGCAGAUCCUGGCUGCCAGAGCCAUCCACAACAUCUUCAGGAUGACAGAGUCUCACCUGCUCGUCACCUGCGACUGCCUCAAACUGAUUGAUCCUCAGACGCAGGUCACUCGACUCAGGUUCCCGCUGCCCAGCGUGGUCCAGUGUUCGUCCCAUCAGGACAACAAGCGGCUGUUUGGUUUCGUUUUGCAGGCGUCAGGCGGGCGAGGGGACACUCGAGUCGUCUGCUACAUCUUUGAGUCCAACAACGACGGCGAGAAGAUCUGCGAUAGCAUCGGUUUGGCCAAGCAGAUAGCUUUCCACUCAGAGAUGGACCGUAAAGCGGUGGAAAAGAAGAAGGAGGAAGACAAGGCCAAAGAGAAACAGCAGGAGGAGCUAAACAAGCAAAAGCAGAUUGAAAAGGAUUUAGAAGAACAGAGUCGCUUGAUCGCUGCCUCAAGUCGCACUGCCAACCCACCCGCUCCAGAUGGGCAGUUUCUGGUGCUCAGCAGUAGCCAAUCAGAGGAGAGUGAAGUAGGGGAGGAGGGGAAGAAGCGGGGUGAGUCAGAAGCCUAAUGACUCUCAGUGGGUGCGUGCUUUUUGGCUGCCAGCUGACCAAUUGGAACAACUCGCCUGCUGUGAAUCGCGGGGACUGAAAAAGACGACGCGUUUCCUCUGCUGGACUGAACACACCUGUACGUAGGAGGAGAAGGCAGGGAAACAUGAAAUGGUUUUUAUUCUGUGCAAAAAACACAAAGCUUUUCUACUGGCUCCACAUUAAGAUUACCUUCAGGUUUCUGUUUUUCUAAAUGUUUAUUUUUUAAGACAAAUUAACAGUGACGUUUAAACAGAAGCUACUAGAUCUGAAGGACCAGAAGGAGAUGCAGAAGCAAAGUCCAGCCUGACGAUCAGGUUGUACUAAAGCCACUCGAGCAAGGAGGAACGAUUUCUGCAGCUGAGGACUCUGUCUGGUGGGAAAACAACAUUCGCUGUUCUUAAAAUGAGCGUAAAAGCACAGACUUUUAUUUUGAAAAGGCCUUUCUGUCGACAGCCAUCCUGAAGAAGAGUUUUAUUUCUAUCUGUUAAUGUUUCUGCGUCCAGAUAGAAGCUGAAUGUCGGACGAUUCCAGACGUUCAGCGUAUUGAUUUACCUUUACCUCUCUUAUUCGCUCCAAGUGAAUCAAGGCUCAGGCGAGUUGGUUGGAACAUCACAUAAACAUGUGUGGGAAGCUAACUGUCAGAACAAACAUACGCAUAAGUGUCUGAAUUUGUAAACGCAACUCUUUCAAAUUUAGGUUACAGAUAAAAUUAAGCAGGAUGAUGAAAAAGGGGUCCCUAUGUCCUCCAGCAGUCUAAGCCUAUAGCAGCAGAACUAUAGAGAUAGCUCAGGAUAACCUGAGCCACUCUAACUAGAAGCUUUAUCAAAAAGGAAAGUUUUAAG